CCUAACCGAGCACAACUCAUUUUCUCCCAACUCUCCUCUUCAUCCUUCCCCGCCUCCGACCAGCACUUUUCUCUCUUCUCUUUCUCUCUCGCUUCCUUGUCCUUCCAAACCCUACUCUCUCUCACUCUCUCUCUCUCUCUCUCUCUCUCUCUCUCUCUCUCUCUCUCUCAGUUUCUAGUUCACCAACCUCGAGAAAAUCGAGAGCUCAGCGGCUCCGAUUCAUUUCGCAGAGACCGAGGGAUUCGAGGUCGGAGAUUUCCCGAUGGUGAGUUUGAAUUCGGAAUUGGUGCGGAAGCUGGAGUCGGCGCUUGGGGUUUCGCUGGGAGGCUCGGUGACUGACAUGGCGGUGGUGAUAGCGAUGACUUCAAUUGAGUCGAUAAUUGGGUUUUUGGUGGUGCUGUGGCGGAGAUCGUCUGAUAAGACUAGUCGGGUGGUGAAGCAGCUGGUGGUGCCGCUUAAGGAGGAGGAAGAUGAGUUUGAGGUUGCGUCGGGCAAGACUAGGGUGACUAUUUUCUCUGGGACUCAGACCGGCACCGCUGAAGGUUUCGCCAAGGAUUGGUGGAUCUGGUAUGGAUCUCAGAAGCAAAGCAAGGGUUCUUACCCUGCGAGAAACUCAAUUGUUCUUACCGAGGGUAAACAAAAGGAUGUACUUAAAGCUGCCGGUGCAUUGUUUUCACAUAUUUGUGAGGUUUAGGCAAGGUUAAUGUGCAUCACAUUUAUGGACAAGUAUCGUGGGGGUUAAUGUUGGGAUAGAAUGACUUUGUUGGAUAUAUGGAUGAAUGUAUCGAAUCUUUACAUAAAUAAAUGUGUUUUGGG